AAGCAGCCUGUGUGAUUUAAUGUGAGCGGAUAAUAAGAGGAUAACCGACCUACAGCAUGAUUUAAACUGUACAGAAGGACUCGUUUAGGGCUAAUCAUUAAACAUGGAGUGUUCCGAAGGAGCAGACGGCGGUGAAAGAGUGUUGGAUUUAUCUCACUUGGGUUUAAACAGUGUGAAUGUGGACAGUGUGGCUGAGAAACGCAGGGCUGAGACCUCAUAUCUUCUCCUCUGUUAUAACAGACUGACAGCCCUGCCGAUCUCCAUCCAUCUCUUCACCAACCUCCAGUUCCUGGACGUGAGUAAUAACGCCCUGACCGACCUGAGUGAGGCCAUCACCGGCCUGAGCAACCUCCAAACCCUGCUGGCCAAGAACAACCGACUGGAUGAGUUCUCUCUGCCCAAAGACUUGAGCUCUCUCCAGCGGCUGGAGGUGGUGAACCUGAGUGGGAACAGAUUCGAACAGAUCCCCAAACAGCUGCUGCACCUACCCCGCCUCCAGUCCCUGUCCUUCGGGGGGAACCGACUUAAACAUAUACCUGCUGAGAUUGACUGCCUCAAAAGUUUGGAGCUGCUCUAUCUGGGAGGGAACAUGAUCUCGUCCAUCCCGGUUGAGCUGGCUAACCUGCCUGUACUCGGUUACCUGGCGCUGUGUGAUAACCGCAUCCAGAGCAUCCCGCCUCAGUUCACCAGGCUUCACUCCCUGCGUUCUCUCAGCCUCCACAACAACCUGCUGACCUACCUGCCGCGGGAGAUCCUCAGCCUGGUCCAGCUCCAGGAGCUCAGUCUCCGCGGCAACCCGCUGGUCGUACGCUUCGUUAAGGACAUGACCUACGACCCGCCGUCGCUGCUGGAGCUGGCGGGCCGCGCCAUCAAAACACGCAACCUCCAGUACUCCACACGGGACAUGCCAGCACACCUCAUCAGGUACCUGGACCUGGCCAGCAAGUGUCCCAAUCCCAAAUGUGCAGGCGUGUACUUUGACUCGUGCGUGCGGCACAUCAAGUUCGUGGAUUUCUGUGGGAAGUACCGGCUGCCCCUCAUGCACUACCUGUGCUCUCCGGAAUGUUCCUCACCCUGCAGCUCCAACCCCCAGAGCGACGCCGACUCGGACGACGACCAGUCCGUACCGGCCGACCGACUGCAGAGGGUGCUGCUGGGAUAAUGCUACACACACUCAUGCACACACACACACUCAUGCACAAACGCAGAACAUGUGAUCACUGGUGCUGCUUCGGCAAAUCGACUGAACUCUCCGGCCUGCACGGGUCGCGUCUCUUUAAUGUUAUUGGGAUUAAGGUGCUCCAGUAAACUGGUCUAGAUUAUUAAUAGACUAUUGUAAUCCUGUUCUUCCUAUUUAUUUGCUUGAAUUAAGUAAACAAGGCCUUGCAAGGAUGGGGAUUCUUUGUUAAACAAGUAGUACGAUGUAAAAAUGAAAACAAAAUUAAGGUUAGCUUAAAAUAACAAAUAAAUAUUAAUACACACAGUAUACUGUAGCAUGGGGGUGAAUUUAUAAGAGUGAGUUUAAAAAUCAGUCGGGUGGAAGAGCUGUAAACAAAAGCACUUCUUUGCUCCCGGAACAGUGAACCCAUGUUAUGGAAUGUUAUAAAAUAUAUUUUUCCUUUACUGAACAACCAAAAAUAACCUUUAACAAUUAAAUACAGAUUAGAUUUUAUUCUAUAGAGUUUAUAUUCAGGUGAUGACUUGGCGCAGUGAGUAGGAAUAAAUUAAGAAUGAAAGCACUGACUGACACUGAGUUUAAGUUUUUGGUUUCUGUAAACAAAAAGCCAUAAGUAAAAAUAAUAAUAAUAAUAUUAAUAAUAAUAAUGCUCAUAAUGGUCAUUUAUUAAAAUAUUUAACCAGAUUUGAUUGUUUAACACGAAGCACUUUGACGUAAUUGUGUUAAUAAUGUUAAGAAUAUAAACUGAUGCUUAAAUUUAGGGUAAAUUUGUGCAUCUUUUACUGAUUAAAACAACAUGUUGUCUUUAGUUCGUAUAUCCAGUACUGAGCAAAGCUGGUAGCUCAUGAGCGUCUCUGUCUGCAUCCUAAUUCACUUAAUACAUUUAACGGCAUUAAGCCGACGCUUUUAUCCAACACGACUUGUACACUUUGAGCAAUUGAGGUUUAAAGGUUUUGCUCAGGGGUCCAGCAGUGACAACCUGGCUGUGGUGGGUCUGAUUACUAGCCCAGUACCUCAACUGCUGAGCCAUCACAAAUACACAAAUAUGCCGAUGGAUGGUUGGAACGUCCAUGCCAAAUUGCCAUAGUUUUAUUUUAUUUAACCUGUGCAUCUGCAAAUGAAUGAAGUGUUGUACCUCUGUUUAAUAGGUACAGAGGUUUAGUAAAAUAUUUUAAAUAUCUCUGAAAUAUUUAGGAAUAAACCCAAGUGCCUUAAUCAUGUGCUACCAAGCUCUUCUAAUACUGGUAACUAAAGAAAUGUGAUGUUUUUAGUGUUUUAUAUAUAUUUUUUAUUCUAGACAGUACCAAGGUGCAUUGGUGUAUGAAUAAAUAAUGUUUGAUGUGCUUUACUUUUUUAAAACGAGUUGUUUAUUAACAUACGUGUUCAGAUUAAAACUGUGAAUAAGAGGAAGGUAAAUGUACAGAUCUGAUACCGAGUCUUUGUAUUGAAGUUGAUUCUGACCCGAUGUCCCAUGCUGGAAUGGUUUUAGAUCAGAUCUGACCAGUUUUCCCAGUUUUAUACGGUCCAGUCAUGACGUUUUCUUGUUAUUUUGAAUUUUUAAUGAUGGGUUCAGAUUUGAUGUCUGGUCGGGCGGCUGUUACACCGUUUCGGAGGAUGCUGAUGUGAGGAGAGAGUAGAAAGUGUUAGAGAUGUUGAUAUUGAAGUCGGGCGGCACGGUGGCUCGGUGGGUAGCACUGUCACUUCACAGCAAGAGGGUCCUGGGUUCUGUGGGGAGUUUGCAUUUUCUCCCUGGUUUCCUCCCACAGACCAAAAACAUGCCAUCAGGUAAAUUGGAGACACUGAAUUGCCCUAUAGGAGAAUGUGUGUGUGUGUGUGUCUGCACUGCGAUGGACUGGUGCCCCGUCCAGGGUGUUACUGUGUGCCUUGCGGCCAUUGAAAAGCUGGGAUAGGCUCCAGCACCCAACCCCGCGACCCUAACUGGAUAAGUGGUUAAGAAAGUGAGUGAGUGAAUAUUGAAGUCAUCAUUAUUAGAAGAUAAUAUUAAGGGUGGCGCUCAGGUGCUGGAUUGGCAUCCUGUCCAGGGUGCGUGGGGAAAACCAGAGCCAAUGAAUAUACGCUGUUAUCUUUUUUUCUAAUGCAAAGCAGAACAUACAAAUAAUGGCAAUAAUUAAUGCAAAGAAACACUUUUGUUUAUAAUGCUUAUAAUUUUUUACUAAUGAUCAGCUUUCUAAACAUUUGGUUUCUUUGAAAACUUGCAUUUUUAUAUAUUAAAAAAAAGCUGAAAUAUUAGGCUGUAAGAAAUAGUUGAAUAGUGAAUGUAGCACCUCAUUUCACUUUGCGUUGAACUUCUUAAUUUGUGUUAUUUUAUUUUAUUUAAUAACUGUUAACUAUUAAUGUGUGAUUUGUAUUUGACUCUGUAUUAAACAUGUAUUCAUGUGUAUUGCUUUUUAAAGAGGUGAAUACCCUAAUAAAUAAAUACAAUUUAUUUUUAUUCAAAUAGAA